UCUCCCCUCAGCAGAGCACGGUUGUUCCCAAUGGCUUUGCCCUCCAUACUCAUCGUGCUUGUGUGCCUGUUUCACCCCGUGCACUCCAGUGCAUUCCCAAAUCACCACCAUGCCCCAUCACACUCAACCUACAUCGUCCUAGUUGAUCGCAUCUCAAAGCCGACGUUGUUCGUAACCGUGGAUCAGUGGUACACUUCGCUCGUCGCCAACACGAAAUCCCCUCCUUCGACUGCGAGCAUCGUGCAUACAUACAGCACGGUGCUGCAGGGAUUUGCAGUUGGCCUCACGGAUGCGGAGGCCCGGCACAUGUCCGAGCUUGCCGGCGUCUCCGGCGUUUUCAAGGAGAGGGUGUACCGCACCCACACGACGAGGACGUCGACCUUCCUCGGCCUCGAUCCUCUUCACGGAGCUUGGCCGGAGUCCGACUUCGGCGACGGCGUCAUCAUCGGCUUCGUCGACACAGGAGUAUGGCCGGAGCACCGCAGCUUCGACGACGCCGGGCUUGCUCCUGUCCGCUCGUCUUGGAAAGGCGGCUGCGUGGAGAGCAACGAUUUCAAUGCGAGCGUGUGCAACAACAAGCUCGUCGGAGCCAAGGCAUUCAUUGCGGUGGACGGCGACAUCACCGCGCGGGACACCUACGGCCAUGGCACGCACGUGUCGUCCACGGCCGCCGGCUCUGCGGUACGUGGAGCCAAUUACAAAAGCUUCGCACGCGGCAACGCCAUGGGCAUGGCGCCCAAGGCAAGGAUCGCGAUGUACAAGGCCUGCGACUUCAUGUGCAGCGACUCUGCUAUUGUCGCCGCGGUCGACGCCGCGGUCACCGACGGCGUGGACAUACUGUCCAUGUCGUUGGGAGACUCGGACGCCCCGCCUCCUUUCUACGAGGAUGUGGUGGCGCUCGCCACCUUCGGGGCGGAGCGCCAUGGCGUCUUCGUCGUGGUCUCUGCCGGCAACUCCGGCCCGGAGCCGUCCACGGUCAGGAACCUGGCGCCGUGGAUGACCACUGUCGGCGCCACCACCACCGACCGUGUCUUCCCGGCUAAGCUCCGGCUCGGCAGCGGGGUGGUGCUCACCGGGCAGUCCUUGUACGACCUGCCCGUCAAGGCGGAAGGGGAGAGUUUCAAACUGGUGAACAGCACCUGCACCUCCGACUCCCUCAUCCCGGACCUGAUAAUGGGUCGUCUGGUGGUCUGCCUUUCCCUUGACGGUAUCUCCGGCGACGCGCUCAGAGGCGGCGCAGCUGGGCUCGUCACCAUAGACCCUAAGAGCAGGGCAUGGGACAGCGCCAACGCGGCGCACUACACAUUCCCUGCCCUCUUCCUCGGCCGCGCGGCGAGGGACGUGCUGAUCAACUACCUGUCGUCGACUGCCUACCCCGUCGGUCGGCUCAUCUUCGAAUGCGCGACGGUGAUCGGGAAGAACAGGGCACCCAAGGUCGUGGGAUUCUCCUCGCGCGGCCCGAGCAGCGCGGCCGUCGAGCUCCUGAAGCCCGACGUGGUGGCGCCGGGGCUAAACGUCCUUGCAGCGUGGACAGGUGAUCGUUCAGGUGAGAAAGCGCACGAUUUCAACAUUAUAUCGGGCACUUCCAUGGCAUGCCCGCACGUCGCAGGCGUCGCGGCUCUGCUCAAGAAGAAACACCCCGACUGGACGCCGGCCAUGAUAAGGUCGGCGUUGAUGACCACGGCUAAGACCGUCGACAACACCGGGGCCCCCAUUGUCGACGACGGAGCCGACGACGCCAGCGCCGCGACGCCGCUCGUGGCAGGGGCCGGGAUGGUCCUUCCGCAGAGCGCGAUGCAUCCGGGCCUGGUGUACGACGCCGGCACGCAGGAGUACGUCGACUUUCUCUGCACCCUCAACUACACGGCCGAGCAGAUGCGUCGGUUCGUUCCUGAACGGACGACCAACUGCACGUCGACUCUGCACCUGCACGGCGGCGUGAGCAACCUCAACUACCCUUCUCUGGUGGUGCUCUUCGGCAGCCGCACACGCAUCCGCACGCUGACGCGGACGGUGACCAAGGUGUCCGAGCAGCCAUCCGAGACAUACAAGGUGUCUGUCACGGCGCCGGAGGGCGUCAAGGUAACCGUGACGCCGGAGACUCUGGUGUUCAAGCAGCAGAGGGGGAAGAUGAGCUAUAGAGUCGACUGCCUCAGCGACGUGCUGAAGCCGGCCGGGGCAUGGGAAUUCGGUUCCAUCGCAUGGAAAAGCGUUCACCACAAGGUGACCAGCCCCAUCGCCUUCACCUGGGGCAACUGAUCAAUGUCCUAGUAGAUCCAUUCUCUUAGUAGAACCGAAAUUUCCAUGCAUGCCACUGGAACCGUUUGUUAAUGUAUGCUGAUGAGCGAGGGGAACUUGGAUUUCGAUAUGAUCCAUUGAUUUGCUUGUUUA